ACAAGCGACUGAGUGAUUGGACCGCUUUUGUUACGCUCAGUUCAGAUCGAUGAAAAAUGACAGCCGUCAUAAAAUCCCUGUAAAUUAUCAGUGACUAUAUCAGAAAAAAUAUAUUUUACUCUUCAAUAUUUAAUUAUAAAUUUCCAGUUGAUAAAUUAUCAGUUAAUUAAAAUUAGUAAUUAAAAAAAUAGAACACGAUAAAAUAAAAUAAUAAAAAUGAGAGUCAAUCGCGGAAAAAAAAUAACUCGUCCCGCGAGAAAUGUUAAUCUUGUGCUGCAUGCAAUGAAAAAUUUGGGCGAGGAAAAUGGCAGUACUGUUAAUAACAUCAUCGAGUAUAUUUCGGAUACUGUUGAGCAUCCAGCUUCUAAGCGCGAGGUGGUGGCAGCGCUGAAGCGAGUUGUUGAAUUCGGAAUAAUGGAUCGGAAGCGCGGGCGGUAUUUCCUGCCGGGAGAAAAACGUCGUAUAAAUUUAUCAGGCGGCAAUCGUCAGGAUAGCUCUAGCGGGAAAAGUGAGAGCAACGUUAGCACCGUGGAUGCCAGAGCUACCGGAAGGUCCAGAGUCUCAGAGCGGGGUCAUCGGUUUAAAUCCCGAAAUACCGAUAAAACAAAGCGAGAAGGUGGCGGAAAAUCCAAGGAUUCCUCCCGUCGUAAAAGAAAGCCCAAGAGGAAACCCAAACAAAAGUCAAAAUCCGUCAAGCGGACGAGAUUUGCACGGUCAUUAAAGUCUUACGACCUGUCGGACUACUACAAGAACCCCUCGUACCGAGCAUCCGGAGUCUCCUCCAUUGAUUCGAUGGAAUACUGGGAGGACGAGGGACCGGGCGGCUACUCCCGCCCAAGCUACAUCAAUUAGUCAUUUUUUCAUUACUCACUUAAUCUUACUUAGCCUCUUCGCCCGUUAAUCGCCAAUCAUGUUUAAUCAAAGCUAACCAAUUGCUCAAUAAAAUACUAUCACUGUAUAAUAUUCUCCUCCGUUUUCCAUCCUAAUAGAUUGUAAUUUUAUUCCAGCGAGAACCAAUUAGCCGGCCAUUUGUCAAAUAUUUUUAUUUUGAAAGUUAAUAACUCGAAAGCCAUCAAUACACUAAUCCCACCGUAGUAUGCAAUUCACUAUUUCUUAGUUUAAGUUUAAGUUUAUGUGUUUUUUUAACUCGGUAUUAGUAUUAGUCUUGCUAGUUGUUGUAUAAACGAGUACUCAGUAGCAACGGACAAAAUAAACGGCGUUUACUCUUUACCGAUCGAUAAUAGUUAGUUGGAAAAGGCAAUUUACCAUUUAUCAUCCGGUGUGUAGUGUACUGUAAGAGUCUAAAGCACCACCACCACCACCACCAGGAGCCACCAACUCUCCCGAGAGCAAAGAAACACACGAGAAAGUCCACAGACAAGAAUGCAAUAGGAAAUAUCAAGGACCGUGAAGAACGAGUUCACGGGAACGUGACGACGACACCCGCAUGCCUCAUUGAUACUCACCUACAUUCACCGAUAAUAUUAUUACUUUUUAUUGUAAUUGUACUUUUGGCCAGGCUUUUGAUUUUCUUUUCAAUUAUCUGAUUAAGUUUACUGAUUUUUACUGUUGCUAU